AAAGAUGGCAUGGGCUGGAAUCUGAGGGAGGGGCAGACCCACCCAUUCCCCAGGGCCUACCCCCAUGGUGACCCCUGCUCCGGCCCAACUGCGUGAACCACAGAGGCUGUAGUGGAGGGGGUGGGCCCCCACCCAAUCUCCACCCUGCCGGAGAAGAAAGCAAUGGGGAGGGGGCUCAGAGUCUACAGGGAGGGUCCCCUUGGGACCCACCUCACCCCUUGUCCCUCUUCCUGUACCCCCCACCUCCCAGGUGGAAGAUGAGAGCCGGGACUCUUCGGCGGUGAGAGGAUUUAGAGAGGAAGACCACCCACUCACUCUCCCCACCCGAGAAGGACCGGAUCGUCCUCCGCCAAAGAUAAGGACAUCAUGGGGCAGUGCCACUCAGCCAAUGCCGAGGACGCUCAAGAGUUCAGCGACGUGGAACGAGCCAUCGAGACGCUGAUCCGCAAUUUUCACCAGUAUUCGGCCCAGGGCGGUCGUGAGACCCUCACUCCAGCCGAACUCCGAGAUCUGGUGGUCGAGCAGCUGCCCCACCUCAUGCCGGGCAGCAGUAACCUGGACGAGAAGAUUGCCAACCUGGGAUCCUGCAAUGGCUCGAAGCUGGAGUUUGGGAGCUUCUGGGAGCUGAUCGGUGAAGCCGCCAGGAGUGUCAAGACGGAGCCCACCGGGCGAACGGGGACUGGGGACAGCCGGAAUUGAGGAGGGGACCCGACAGAAGAGAGCCCCUGGGGUCCGACUGCCCACGCUGAGGUUUCAGUAAAGCCUGCUGAGAGGCCAGGAACAUCCCCCUCCCCAUGUAGCCCCCUCGCCUCCUCCCAGCCUCCUGGCCCCCCACUUGAUCUUUUGGGGUGAAGGCGAGGGGGAUAGGAGUUGGCAUUGCCAGGGAGAAGGGUGUGGAGAGGAGGAUGGGAGAGGGGAAGGGGCUUAUUUGGUGCUAAAGCAGGGAGGUGAGGGGGGCUGCAGACUGCCCCACUCCCCCAAGCAGGCCUCCAGUCCCUCCCCGUUAUCAGUGCCCACCCCCUACCC